CCGAGUGGCUGCCCCCUUUCGGCCAGGGCAGAUGCGCUAAGAGGCGGCGGUGGCAGGAGGAGCAGGGCCUCUCCCCGGCGCCCGCCACCAUGUCCAUGCUGCCCACGUUUGGCUUCACCCAGGAGCAAGUGGCGUGCGUGUGCGAGGUUCUCCAGCAAGGUGGCAACAUCGAGAGGCUGGGCCGCUUCCUGUGGUCGCUGCCGGCUUGCGAGCACCUGCACAAGAACGAGAGCGUGCUGAAGGCCAAGGCCGUGGUGGCUUUUCACCGGGGCAACUUCCGCGAGCUCUACAAGAUCCUGGAGAGCCACCAGUUCUCGGCGCACAACCACCCCAAGCUGCAGCAGCUGUGGCUCAAGGCGCACUACAUCGAGGCCGAGAAGCUGCGGGGGCGACCCCUAGGGGCCGUCGGCAAGUACCGGGUCCGCCGCAAGUUCCCCUUGCCCCGCUCCAUCUGGGACGGCGAGGAGACCAGCUACUGCUUCAAGGAGAAGAGCCGCAGCGUGCUGCGGGAAUGGUAUGCGCACAACCCUUACCCGUCCCCUCGGGAGAAGAGGGAGCUGGCCGAAGCCACCGGGCUCACCACCACCCAAGUCAGCAACUGGUUCAAGAACCGGAGGCAGAGGGACCGGGCGGCCGAGGCCAAAGAAAGGUACGAGGAAAACAACGAGAAUUCCAGUUCAAACGGCCACAACCCGCUUUCCUCCUCCCUGAACGGCAACAAGGCGGUUUUGGGCAGCUCCGAAGACGAGAAAACGCCCUCGGGGACGCCGGAUCACUCUUCGUCCAGCCCGGCUUUACUGCUUAAUUCGAACCCAGGCUUGCAGCCGCUCCACAGCUUGGGCCACCCCCAGGGUCCUAGUGCCAUUCCUGUACCCAGCGCGGACCCUCUGCACCACCACAGUUUGCAAGACUCCAUCCUCAACUCCAUGUCCUCCAACCUGGUCGACCUGGGCUCUUAAGACGUUUGUGGCACCCAUGAUGUCCCUUGAAUCCAUGCUUCCCACUCGGCUUUUUAUUUUUUAUUUUUUAAGAAACAAAACACUCAUACCUGUUGCCUGAAACAUUGAAAGGGAUGGCAAGCUCCUCCACGCGGAUCCGUUGUCUGGCUUUGGAUCAAUGCUUGGUCGGCUGACUAAUGACUUUUGGGGAAGGUACUGUAACCUCAAGACCUUGGCAAGUCUUAAGAGGGUUUGGUCGAAGCUGGUGGAACUCUUCUUCCUUAGGAGUUGUUGUUGUGUGUGUGGUUUUGCAGGGCUGGUGAUGGUGGAAGGGGAGCAAAGGAGGUCAGUGCAGCCCCUCACUUGGGAGAGGAAGGGACGUGGCUGGUGGUAGCUUCAGCCUUCACAAUCUCUAUGGGAGUUUAUCAGAUCCAGUUUUGGGGUUGCCAACUUCUCAGCAGGCCUCUGGAGCUGCGCUUGAACCCUGAUCAGCAACAAGUGAAGCUUUGCAGGCCUUGAAGAGACCAAAAAGUCCACCAGCAGCACGCACCCUCUUCUC